CGUUCGGUUCACGUCGGCUUCGCGUCGAUCUCGAGUGCGACGGCCAACGACUCCCGGCAACUUCACUCGCUCAGCGAGCUCCAAAUCAAAUCGUGCGUGUUUUCCGCUCCAGUUUUACGCGGAGACGCUGCGAGAAGCAUGUGCCGGGAAUUUAGAUUAUGUCUACUGGGUGGCUUAAUGUUGGUCGUUUCGGGCGGCUUCACCGCGGCGGCCACCUCCGAGGCGAUAUCCCCCGACUUCGAGACGGUCCGCACGAGCAACGCGGCGGUGUUGAACCGGCUCGGGCUGUCACCUCUCGAAAUACCGGACGGGCAUCACAAGAAGCGGCUGGCCGGUCCGGAGCCACCUGGGUUCAGCUCGCAGACGCGCAUCCAUCAGCCCUACAGCCGUCGGCACGACCGUCACCGGGACAGUCACGUUUACAUCGUGAAACUGCCGGCUAGCCCGCCUUACUACACCAUCACGAAGCCGCACAAAGCGUCCGUCAGAGACGACGAGAUAACGAGGACCGCCGGCGGUCUGACGUUGCGCGAGUUUUUAGGCUUCCACGGGAACGGUAAACCGGCUAAGAUCUACCAUUGGAACCUGCCGGUGGUGAAGAAGAUAACGGAGAAGAAGCGGCUGCAGAAUCAGAUGAGGAUCGAUCAGGCCAGGAGGAAGUUCGAGGACAUGAAGAAACGGCAACAACAGCCGCCGGUCACCGGCAAGACUCACGAUCACCACGCCGACAGCAGGCCGCGGCAGAAGACGUCGCCGUCGGUGGCGAAGCACGUGAGGAACAACGACAAGAGGCUCCGCUAUUCCGACGGUAACGAGGACGCGCUCGUCGAGAGGAACGACCUGGCCGACAAGACGUACAGGCUCGGCGAUUCGAGCGUGCACAGGAUCCGGCUGGGCGAUCAGCCGCACGUGAGCUCGCCGACGAACACCUUCGCCCUGAAGGUGAAGAAGCAUCGGAAGAAGGCCGCCACGUCGUAUUACGCGCCGAUCGCCACCAAGUCCGGCAGCAUCCGCAAGAACUUCCCCGGAAACGGCAAGCCGAAGGCCUUCUACGUCAUGGAGAAGAGCCAUAAUUGUUAG